AUGACAAGAGCAGCGAGACGGCUAGGACUUCGGGUCGUUCAGAUUAAUCUGAAUCACUGCGAGGCGGCCACGGAGGAUUUGAUGCUGCUCAUGACUGAAGAGAAUGUGGACGUAGCUCUGGUCCAAGAGCCUUGGCUUGCAAAGGACAGGGUUCGAGGACUGAGGACUAAAGAGUAUAUCCUGUUACAUUCUCAAACUGCAGGUAAGAAAAGAACGUGUAUAGUGGCAAAAAGAUCCCUAAAACUUACACUACUAACACAAUAUAGCACAAAUGACCUGACCGUGGCAACCUGCGAGAGCCAGGGGAACACAAAGCUUCUUUUGGCUUCCGCAUACAUGCCAUACGAUGAAGCUGAAUUACCACCGGAGGCCGUCCAAAACCUGGUACUUGAAGCCAGGAAGCAGGGCAGACAACUGGUGAUAGGAUGCGAUGCCAACGGACAUCAUAUCCAAUGGGGAAGCAAGGGCAUAAAUGAGAGAGGUAAGUCAAUAAUGGAUUUUAUUCUCACAAAUAACCUGACCAUUUGCAAUAGAGGCAAUAUACCGACUUUUGUGAACAAGGUUAGAGAAGAGGUGAUAGAUCUGACCUUGACCACAGGCGACGAGGGGUUGAUAGUUGAGGACUGGAGGGUCUCCUUAAAACGAUCCUUCUCAGAUCAUAGGAGAAUCCUGUUUAGUAUAAACCGCGCGGUCCCAAUUAGGAAGCCUUUUAGGAAUCCCAAAAGAACGAAUUGGGAAAUGUUUAGUAAACUCGUGGAGGAGUAUGUGGAUGGGGGACCAAGGGUCCAAAUGUCAGAGUACCCAUCAAUCGAGGGAAUAGAGAUUUUAGUUAGUGAAUUAAGUGGAGUUUAG